UUAAAUAAGGACCUACACCUACCCAAUAAUUCAGUCCACAAAACAUGGACUUGGAAGAAGGCCUCACGUUUGGUAGAUUCAGAUAGAUCAUGCUUCCAAGAGAAACAAGGAACCAGAAAAAUGAAAAUGGAGGCUUGGAAUUUGGCCGAGGCCAAGCUACAAGCAGAUCGGAGAAACCAUGAAGCUGGCAUGGAUCUUGAUGUACACAAUGCUGCAGACGAGGUCAAUGUUGAUGCCCUUUGGCAGCACAGAGAGCACGUUGACCAAGUGUUAACCCCAACCAAGGACACAGUUCUUUCGCACUGUCCUGGUUGCUGUGAGCAGCUACUGGUUUAUAACAAGGAAAACUUGAACGCUUUACACAUUGUUAUAGCUGAUGAUGAUUCUCUGCUGCCGACACUGAAGGAGCGCUCAAGCGCUAAAGCCGAAAUGGAGGAGGUGGAGGAGAAGAAAGGUGGUAGUAGCUGCAGGGGAUUCAGUGUGUUCAAAUGUGGCAAAGACGCUGAUGUAAUAUUGAAGGAAGUGAAAGAAGCUCAUCUGGUAAUGGCUACAUUGAUAGCAACUGUGACUUUCGUAGCGGGAUUCGCCAUGGCUGAUUACGAAAGCGAAAAAGGAGGCGGCCAAGCUAGUCCAGCAAGAAAUGCAGCUUUGAUAGUUUUUGUUGUAACAGAUACACUGGCCCUGUGUAUGUCGGCUUGUUCUGUCCUGAUGCACUUUUAUUUGCCAGGGCCGAAUGCCAUUGUUUUGUCCUUAUCUUCGACCAUGUCCGCCUUGAUUUUCAUGGCGAUUGCAUUCAUUUCUGGGGCAUAUGCAGCAUCAGGUCAUUCUCCGGGGCUUGCCGUGGCGGCUAGUGUGCUCGGCUGCUGGUACUUUUGGGCAGCUUUCUUCAUGCUUGGCCGUCCAUCUGCCAAAGCUUUUCUGAGGCAUUUUAAUCAUGCUGCCACUGCAGCUUAGUUGAGCCAAAAGAUUCUCUUCUUGUCUUGUUUUUUACUUUGCUUUCUAAUCUAAUCCAAGCCUUUUGUCACAUGUCCAAAGUUAUCUGUUACUUUCUA